CGAAGGUGGGGAUCCCGGAGUUCCUCAGGGGGGUGGGGAAGGGCGUGGAGGCGCACGUGGCGAAGCUCGAGGCGGAGAUCGGCGACAUCCAGAAUCUUCUCGUCGCCCGAACCCUUCGCCUCAAGAAGCUCGGCAUCCCCUGCAAACACAGGAAGUUGAUCCUGAAGUACACCCAGAAGUAUAGGCUUGGACUUUGGAGGCCCCGGGCUGAACCACAAAAGUUGCAGUGAUGUUAACUUUGGUGGUUGAAGAAAACCAACUUUGAGAGAGCACUCUCCAAAAUGAACUUGCAAAUAGCCGUCUCCUUUCUGAACUCUUGAUCUGAAAAUGAAUAAGGCAUCAGGUGGUUUCAGAGUCGUUCAAACUGUCCACGAGAACAUUAUUUGGAUGUGUCGCUCGACAAUGAUCAUAGGUUCCAACUUGAAAAAUAUGAAACCCAUCUAGGUGACUCUUACAUGGUAAUUGCGGUUUAAUACCUUUAUAAUCUUGUAUCCUUUCCUGACCGUACUAUUUGUUUUUGAAAAGUUUAUAUUAUUGGUACGUAAUUACAGCUUCGUAUGAAAGGAACUUCUGCUUCUUUAAA